UUUUGCACCUCUAUUGUACACGCGAAAUCGCAAAUCGAACAAAAUCAAGUGCAAGAAUUGUGCAAGUGAUACCGCCGCCCGCGGCCAAAAACCCAACCGAGCGCAGGAGUAGAAAUCCAUAAGCUCAAUUCUUCGUGUGUGCCAAGCGAAAAUUAGCGAAAAAACGUUGCGAGUUGUUGUUGCCAUUGCUGCUGUUACUACUACUACCACUGCUACUGCUAAGAGAGCGAAAAAGAGCGCUGUUCGUGUGUGUGUGUGUGUUUUGUGUCCCUCUCUGUCACAGUGACUGUGUUUUCCUUUUUCGAUUUUGUUUUUUUUUAUUGUGUUUUGUGUGGCCGCCAACAACAAAAUCCAGCUAUCCGCUAUUUGUGCAAGUGGGAAAGUUCAAAAAGCGUGUGUGUGAGUGUCCCGCAAAAAAAAAUAUUAUAUCAAAACAGCAGCAACAACAAGAACCACACACAAACACACACAUUCUGUCAGAGAGGGCACAACAAAACGGUUCGCACACACGCACCCUCCCCCGCCAGCGACAGUGCCAGUGUGCGUGCGUGUGUGUGUGUGUGUGUCGGUGUUUGUGUGAAAAAAUCGAAGAAGUGUUCGCCGAAAAGAGAAGAAACACAAAAACAACACAAAACGGCUUGAAAAGUGCAGCAACAAUAAUAAAUAAUUGAAUAUAUAUAUAUAAAUAUAUAAAUAAGAAGCGCGCAAAAUGUCGACCAUUGAGUUCGAGACGAUUGGCAGCCGCCUGCAGUCCUUGGAGGCGGCCCUCCAGGCCCAGAACGAGUCCCACGAGCAGAUAGUUCUCUCCAAAACGCGUCGUGUUCCACCACCACCACCCGCAACUGCAUCCACAUCUGCGUCCGCCGCCUCGCCCGUGACGUCCGCCGGCCUCAGCAUAGCCCAGCGGCCAGCUCCUCCAGUUCCUCAGUCAGCGCAAGCAGCAGCAGCCGCUGGCUCAUCCGUGUUUGCCUCCUCCGCCGCCGCAUCGUCCGCCGCUUUGGCUCCAUCAUCAUCUUCCUCCUCCUCGGCGAUGGCGACGACGGGCACCUUUAGUGGAUCCUUUGUCCCGCCCAAAACCAGGAGUCCUCGCCCCACGCCCAGUCUGCCCAUUGCCAGCGGUAUCUAUCACCGACCGCGUCACAUGAACCUGCCGCUGCUGCAACAGUCGCAUCCGUCGGAGACUGAGACGGACAAGAAGCUUAAGAUCAUCAUGGAGCAGACGGGCAAGCUGAACAUCAAUGGACGGCAAUAUCCCACGGAUAUCAAUGAUCUGAAGCACCUGGGCGAUUUGGGCAAUGGGACCAGCGGCAAUGUGGUCAAAAUGAUGCAUCUGUCCAGCAACAUGAUCAUUGCCGUCAAGCAGAUGCGUCGCACUGGGAACGCCGAGGAGAAUAAGCGCAUUCUGAUGGAUCUGGAUGUGGUGCUCAAGUCGCACGAUUGCAAGUACAUUGUCAAGUGCCUGGGGUGCUUCGUACGCGAUCCGGAUGUUUGGAUCUGCAUGGAGCUGAUGUCCAUGUGCUUCGACAAGCUGCUCAAGCUCUCAAAGAAGCCCGUGCCGGAGCAGAUACUGGGCAAGGUCACAGUGGCGACGGUCAAUGCCUUGUCGUAUCUAAAAGUCAAGCAUGGGGUCAUCCAUCGUGAUGUGAAGCCCUCAAACAUACUGAUCGACGAGCGUGGCAAUAUCAAGCUCUGUGAUUUUGGGAUCAGCGGUCGCCUGGUGGACUCCAAGGCGAACACACGCUCUGCGGGAUGUGCUGCGUACAUGGCGCCAGAGCGCAUCGAUCCAAAGAAACCAAAGUACGACAUUCGCGCCGAUGUCUGGUCGCUGGGCAUAACGCUGGUGGAGCUGGCCACAGCGCGAUCCCCAUAUGAGGGCUGCAACACGGACUUUGAGGUGCUCACCAAGGUGCUGGACUCGGAGCCACCGUGCCUGCCCAUCGGUGAGGGCUUUAACUUUAGUCAGGAGUUUCGCGAUUUCGUCAAGAAGUGCCUCACAAAGAACCAUCAGGAUCGACCCAAGUAUCCGGAACUGCUGGCCCAGCCCUUUAUCCGGACAUAUGAAAUAGCCAAAGUAGAUGUACCCAAUUGGUUUCAGAGCAUCGUCGACAAUCGGCAUCGUGCCAAUGGUGGCGAUACCACGCUCAAGAGGGCAACGGCGGCUGGUGGCGGAUCUCUAGCAACACCGUAUGGCAGGGCGCCGGGACAGGUGCAGAAUCAUCCACAGAAGACAAUAAAACCCUCGCAGAUACCGAGUUACCAGCAGCAGUCGCAUCAGCAGCAGCAGCAGCAGCAGCAGCAGCAGCAGCAGUCGCAAUCGCAGUCGCAGUAUUUCAUGCAAUCAGCCACACAACUACCUCAAGCGAAGACAGCAACGACACCAACAGCAACAACUACCAAUUGCUUUGGCGGAAACGGAAGCGGAAAUGGCAGCAGCAGCAGCCCCAGCCCCCUGUCACCGCCAACGGGCAAUGAUCUUAAUAAGUUCUAUCGCAAAUCGCCCUUCAUGCAGCGCAAGCUGAGCAAUGGAAGCCAUCAUUCUUCCCACUACAAAUACAACGAUGAGAGCCCCAAAAAGGAGUCCAUGUUCAGUAGCAUUGGCCAAACAAUUUUACGCAAUCUAACCACAUCGCCGUUUAGCCAAAAGAAACACAACAACAGCCAUGGAUUAACAUCACCAUCAUCAUCAUCAUCAUCGUCAGCAGCAGCAGCAGCAGCAGCCGCAAAGACAAUACCACUGCCGCCGGAGGAGGCUGUUUCACCUGGAACACCAACGACCACGACAGGAUGGCGCCUGCCAGCCUCGGAUUGCAUGUCCGUAGCCCACGACAGCUGUGAUAGUAGUACUAAUGCCAAUACGAGCGCCCCUCAGACCCUUAACCUGAACCUCAACCUCAAUCUGGGCCUUGUCACACCCUCACCAUUGAUGCAGCGCAAGGUAGAGUCGCCGCCAAACCUGCAACAUCAACAGCAGCAGCAGCAACAGCAACCUAUUCGCGUGCAACCAGGCAAUCAGAGUCCCAUAGUGCUGCAACGAUUCUACCAUCAACAAAACCAACUGCGCGAAAAGGAGGCCGCCGAGCGGUACCAGCAGCAGCAACAGCAGCAGCAACAGCAACAACGCCAGCAGCCGGUAGUAGUCACCAGCACGAAUCCUUUUCACAGCAACUAUGUGGCGCCGCCGCCAUCUACGCACUCCACAUCUAGUCAGUCGUCCACGCAGUCAACAUGCUCGCAAAUAGCAGUCAGUUUAUCGCCUUCGACAGGUUCAGGAGCAGGAGGACCAGGAGGAGGAGGACUUCCUGGAGCUGGAGCUGUGUCAGCUGGUCACUUUGGCUCGGUGGGCAAUGGCGAGCAGCUGCAGUAUCAACCCUUGCCCAGUCCCACACUCCUGCCCAGAUCACCAGAGCAAUUACAAACCACUGCAGACUAUAGUGGAGCUGGUGGCAAUACCAGUAAGCUGGGCAAGCUCUAUGCACGUCGCCAGUUGUUGGGUCAAAGUUCGAGCAGUGGGGCAAGCAGCAGCAGCCUGGAUGGAUACAGCAGGGAGCAGCCGGAUGCGGGCUGGUUCCACACACUCGCCGGCGCCAUGAAGCGGCAGUUUGCCACCUAUGUUAAAACCCAAUUGAAUUCCACAGCCAGCCUGGAUCAGCAGGAGCAGGAGCCAGCCGGUGGUGGUGGUGGUGGUGGUGUGCAUCAGCAUCAGCCUCAUCCACUGCAACCGCCCCAGCCGCCGGCGUAUAGGAGCAUUGUGAACAAUGGUGGCAAUAGCAAGUCCUAUUACUAUCGCACCUUGUCGGCGGCCAGCAGCAGUAGCAACACGAGUCAGAGCACUUCGCCGACGACAGAACCACUGCCUGGCGGUGGCGGCGGCGGUGGUGGAACAAGUAGCUUCCUGCGACGCUAUGCCAGCAGCAGCACCCCGCCCAGUCCUCACAUAUUGGCUGGAUUGGAUCGAAGGCACCGCAGUCCGGAUCCGCCGCCGCGCUAUAAUCGGGGCCAAUCACCACUGCUGCUGCGCAAGAAUCUGUUGGAGCUGAGUGGGGGAUCGCCGCUGCUGCACCGAAGAUACGUUUCGGCCUCGCCACCGUUGCCGCCACCGCGUCGCGGUUCGGAGAGCGUGCCAGGAUCACCGCAACACUUUCGCACCCGCAUCCAUUAUACACCCGAGCCACAGAGACGCAUCUACCGGACAAUAGAUCAAUGAGUGGCGCUGCAAAUCAUGGUCAUGUGAUGUUGGUAUGGCUUCGACGAUGAGCCCACCGCCGUAGCCCGUAACGAUCAGGGGGAGGAUGAGGAGGAGGAGGAGCUGGAGCUGGAGUCUCGGCCUGUUUCCGAGGUAAUAUCAAUGCCCGCCUAUCCGGACCUUGGUGAGGCCAGGCUCAAUCGGAAUAGGUUAGCUCUAGGUCGACGAUCGUGCUCGGCAAGUGGCUCGUAUGCGAGCUUAUAUACGGCGGAUGUGGAGCAAGCAUGGCCACGAGGAGGGGCAUCAACCAGAGCGAGCUAUCAGACCUGGCGCGGUGGUGACUGAUGACAGCGGCAAUGGAAAGUGUUCAAUAAAGUCAGAUACUUCAGGCUCCAACUGUACAUAGGGAUACAUACGUGUAUCUGUAGGGUUCUAUAUAUAUAUAUAUAUAUAUAAUGCAUAUAUAUAUACACAUCCGAUAAUAAUAUAAUAGUGCAAUAGUUGAAAGCAAUUCAGUUCUCCAGUUCUCGCUCCCUUUUUCUCCUUUACUCAUUUUCUAUUUCCCUCUUUUGCUCUCAUAUCUGCUGUCUGUGCUGUAUCUGUAUCUAUGUAUCUAUGUAUCUGUAUCCGCAUCCGUCUCUGUAUCCGCUGUAUUCGCUCCUGUAACCAAAAGUUAACCCUAAAUAAUAGCUAAAUCGAAGGGGGAACGCGAAAUAAUAAUAAAUUCAAUUGAUUUUUUUUUGUUUUUUGUAGCUUUGUAUAUAGAGAGAUGAUUGGAGGAGAGAGGGUGAAGUGCAAGCACUCGUUGCAUUUGCUGUUUGCAAUUUGUUUUAGUUUAUAAUCUAUACAGAUUUCAUCAAGGAACACCGACAAAACAACAAAUACAACAAUAAACAACAAACAUUAACAAUGGAA